CCCGCGCUGGGGCGGUAGGCCGGCUUCUCUCCGCCGGUCACAGAUAAAGUGCCGGUGGCGGAGGGCGCGCUAGAACCGUCAGCCGCGCGGCGUCGGCCAGACGCCAAAGCGUCGGGGUCGUUGUGUCGUGAAAACGACGCCAGCUCCGCGACAGCAGGUGCGGCCGCUUUAGCCCCAAGCGGGCUCGGCGGCUGCCUGGCGAGUCUCGGCUCGCGGCUCUUCCUUUCCUCCUUGGACCCCACGCCAAGCCGCGAUACUGAGCCGACCGCCCGAGGGGCGCGCAAUGGCGGCCUCGACGGCUUCGCACCGGCCCAUAAAGGGGAUCCUGAAGAACAAGACCUCUACAACUUCCUCUGUGGUCGCCGCGGCUGAACAGGAGCCCGGCAAGAGUGUCGACGAGGAACUGAGUAAAAAAUCCCAGAAGUGGGAUGAAAUGAACAUCCUGGCGACAUAUCAUCCAGCAGACAAAGACUAUGGUUUAAUGAAAAUAGAUGAACCAAGCACUCCAUACCAUAGUAUGGGAGGUGAUGAUGAAGAUGCAUUUAGUGAUUCAGAAAACACUGAAGCCCUGACCCCAGAUAUGUUAGCUGAGAAAUUAGCUGCUGCUAAAGGCUCGGAGCCAAAGUAUCAGGUUCAAGAACAAGAAAGCAGUGAAGAUGAAGACAGUGACCUCACACCUGAAGAACAAGAAAAAAAGCGACAGUUUGAAAUGAAAAGGAAGCUUCACUACAAUGAAGGACUGAAUAUUAAAUUAGCUAGGCAGUUACUUUCAAAAGACCUACACGAUGAUGAGGAAGACGAAGACAUGUCAGAGACUGCAGCUGGGGAAAGUAUGAACACAGAAGAAUCAAAUCAAGGAUCUACUACAGGUGACCAACUGCAAAACAGAUCACAGAGUUCAUAGAAGAGAUUUGUUCAAUAACAGUUGUCGGAUACAAACCCUGUUACUAUACUAUUCUGCUUCUUGUUCUCUACAAUUCAUGACUUAAGUACCAAAAUGCAUACCAGUGUUGCCAAGAAUUAAAUGCCUAAUUGAUACAUAUAUUCUUGUGCCUAGUACUUCACCACAAAUACAGCAUAAUAUCAUCAGUCCAAAAUUGCGUUACUUUUGUAAGAACACUGGUUAAUUUGUAUAGGAUAUUAUAUAGCUUUUUAUGCUUUAGAGAUUAAAACAAUAUCUUGGGAAAGGGGAGGGGAUCUAAUUUAUUUUCUUCACUUCUAGAUGUGAGCUCUUAUAAAAUCUUUUUUUUUUUUUUUUCAUCAAAAUACAAUUGAAACAACAGAUUAUAUAGGCUCAUAAAUAGUCUGGAAAAGUGUUUUAACACACAUCUCAACUUGAUUUAUCUGUUUAAUUGAAAAGGACUAUAAGAAUUAUUGUUGCAUUUUCUGGCCUACUACCUAUAAAAUUCCUUGGAGUUUCUUUGUUUACAGGGAAAGGAUUAAACUUUUUUCUCACCAAACCUAGUUUUAUUCACAAAUAAAUUAUCAGGUUAAACUUGCACUAAUGCCUGCUCUUUUUUUGUACACUUGAUUGGCAGACUUCAGAUCCGUUUUUUUAACAAAUAUAAUUCUAAUGUAGUCUCAGCAUUCUCUUUAUAUGCCUGUCCUAACCACCUGCUUUUGUUUUCUGUUCCUUUUCACAUAGAUGCACACAAUAAUACUUUAUAAAGGAUCAUAAAGAUUGUAGUGAUAUUAGGAACUCUUCCUUCUCUUACAUAUUCUGUCAUUUUCUGCAAUAAUGAAAAUUUUAUUUUGACUAUCAAUACCUAUUAUUUUAUUCUAAAACAUGGAGAAAAUAGAUUUAAUAGCAGCAGUACUGUAGACAGGAAAUACGAUUCAACAGCAGAAUUUCUAUACCACUCUGAUUUACAGCUUGCUAAUUAAUUUGCUAUUAACUAGUUUAAUGUUUGACUUAAAUAGACCUUAGAAAACCAGUUUUUUUUGCAUGAUGAGAGAAUUGUGUGUAACUAGUGAUAUGAUGAUAGUUUCUAAAUGUACAGACAGAACUAAUGCUGAACACUUUUUAAAUUUAAAAACUCUGAUCUCUGCUUUAAGGGAAUAUGAUAAUGUAUACUAUGACAAAUGUACUUUAUUCUUCUAACACAGUAAGACUGAGAUUUUUUCCCCCUAAAAUGAAGUGCAGUUCCUGUGUUUCUUGGUUUAGUGAUAAUUUCAUU